CUGCACGGAUCCGGACGCGGCCUUGUUUACAUUCCUGGAGUGAUGGUGGCCGCGGCGCCGCGUGAUCAGCCGCUUCCCGUCCUGCUGACCUGCAAGUACCUCCUGAGUCUCGUCCUCGGCCUGGGACUUCUGCUGACCUUGGCGCAGUCCGAGUUCGAGCUGCAGGCGUGUCUGGGGGCACUGAGGAUCUACAGCCUGGUCGUGGUGGUGCUGCAAGUGGCGCUGCAGUUGGUGGCUCCGGAGGCCUCGGCGCUGCACCCGGGAGGAGGCGGCGGCGAAGGACACAUCGCGGCGGGAUUCGGCAAGGGGAAGGCCAGGAAUAGGGCCGGGAAGCUUGUGGAUUUCAUCUUGGUGGUGAUUCUCAGCAUCUUCAGUGUAUGCCUCACGCACAUUGUAACUGUGCUGUAUGGAGCAUAUUUGAUUGAGAAUAUUGAGGAGACCUUCACGUUCAGCAUACUAGUCGCAUCUCUAGCAUUUGUCAGACCCCUUGUUGCGCUUGGCCCUGGUGCUCUUGGUCUUAUUAUUGAACGAGCCAAUUUCGAGGAGGAACCUGUACUUCAGUCUCUCACUGCUGUCGUGGGAGCUUGGUUUGGUGCUUUGCCUAUUCCACUGGACUGGGACACGCCUUGGCAGGUUUGGCCCUUGACUUGCUGCAUCGGGGCAGUAAUUGGUGAAGUUGGAGCCUCGGCUUACUUGCUGUCUAAGAUAUACAAAGCGGUGGACUCGAGGAAGAAAAAUAAGUCUACUUAAUUUUUUUCAGUCAGUUGGGUUAUUAUCAGUUAUUAGUAAUUACAGUAACAUCAUAGACCUUGUUUUCACUUGAGAACUUAGGAUUUUUUAAAAACUUCUUAUUUACUAAUUCAUCAGAGAUUGUUAGUAUGCUGUAAAAUCAUUUUGAUUCUUC